AUGAAAGCCUUGAAUAUAAACAAACCUGAUGCAUCAAAUAUAAGUGAAUCUGCUAUUUCAAUUAUGGACAAAUCUGAUAAUUCAAAUAGCCAAGAUGAAGAUGAACUGACUGACAAGCUUGAUGCUAAUCUUGAAGAAUAUAAUAAUGAA